AUGCUGCUUCGCACGGCGCUCUGCAGGAGCACCUCGGCCGGUGCUCGGUCGCUCCACACCGCGCUGCUGCGACGUGCGCCGCGCGCUGCUCCUCUGCUGCGGGCGGCUCCGUCGCGCGCCUCGGGCACCUUCCACCACGUCAAGGAGGCCGACAACCUGGAGGAGACGCCCUUCGAGUUUGACGAGGAGGCGGAGAAGGAGAUUGCCUUCACGCUCAACAAGUACCCGGACACGCUGCAGGGGCGGCAGUCCGGGAUCAUGCCGCUGCUCUGGAUCGUCCAGGCCCAGCUCGACCGCGCGCACGCGACGAUCAAAGCCGACAACCCGCGCGGCGCGAUGGCGUUCCCAAAGUCGCAGGGCGGUGGUGGCUGGGCGGGGAACCCCGUCAAGAUCGGGCCGCAGAACGGCCUCACAAACUCCGAGGGGCCGAUGGGCAGGACGUCCCUCAUCGAGCCGCCUUUGGGGCCGCAGUGCCGCGACCUCGGCGCGUAG